CCCCAUCUAGCUCCGCCCCUGCUGGUCUCCUUUUGUUCUCCAGAUGGACCAGAUCACAGUUCUUGUUGCUCCUUUGCAGGCUUUACUUAUACUAUGCUUUGGGGGCAGCUGGUAAAUGAUUAAGAGCUGAGGAAAUAUGGUGGGGGUGGAUUCUCUUGUUUCAGAUGGGAAGCUUUGAUCCGCACAGAGAGACAAGCACAGGUCGCUCUGGACUCCAAAUAAAUAACGGGUCCUAAUUCCGCUAUCAGGGAAAUAGCGCCGGCUCGUCCAUUGGCAUCCAUUCAGCGGUCAUAGCAGGUACUGCAGCUGCAGCUCCGCUCCCUCACUGCGCAUGCGCAAUGAGAUGAAUGGCCGCUGCACCUGUCAGUCCACCAGGAAGUGAGGGGGACAAAUCCUCGGCCGUUAAUCCGUCCUCGGUUCGGUCAUCUUUCCACCGUGGCAUGCUGAGUAGACCGGAGCGAUCCGUUUAACCGUCCGGAUCCAGCCUCCGGGGCUGCCCGCCUCCUCACCCCCCCGCCUGCAGAGCCUCAGACCCCCGCUGCUGCCGAGCUGAGGCUCCGUGAAGCUCCGUGAAGCUCCGGGCGCGUCCAUCCUGACUGCAAUGGGAUGCUGCGGGAGCGCGGAGCGGACAAAGAGAGAAUGGAGACCGCUGGAGGACCGGAGCUGCACCGACCUGCCCUGGUUCCUGCUCUUCACCCUAUUCUGCGUUGGCAUGGGCAGCAUCUGUGGGUUCACUGUCGUCACCGGUGGCGCCGCACGCCUCGUCUUUGGUUACGACAGCUACGGUAACACCUGCGGCCGGCGCAAUGAGAGGAUCGAAGGCGUAAAGCUAAGCGGGCUGGACCACACCGACAGGAAGUUUGUGUUCUUCCUGGAUCCCUGCAACAUCGAUCUGGUUCAGAGGAAAAUCAAGUCCAUGGCUCUGUGCGUGUCUCUGUGUCCCACUGAGGAGCUGAAGACCUACCAGGAUCUGAGGAGGUUCGCCAUGAUAAACGGCUCUGAGCUCUGCUCCUACGAAUUGCCAGCCCACGAUUACCCGGCUCAAACUGAACGGUUCUCCAGGUGUCCAAAACUUCCCGUCCCUCGCAGUAAGCCGCUGCCGGUAUUUAACCGCUGCACGCCGGUGGACGUCUCCUGCUACGCCAAGUUCGCUGAGGCUGUGGUGACAUUCGUGGGGGACAGCAGCGUCCUGCACCGACUCAUCGCCGGCGUUGCAGCCAGCAAGGAGAUCAUCAUUGGACUCUGUGUUCUUGCUUUAGCUCUCUCCAUGAUCCUCAUGGUGAUCAUCCGGUACAUAUCCGCUGUCCUGGUCUGGAUCCUCACCUCGCUGGUGGUCCUGGGAUCCCUGGCGGGGACAAGUGUCCUCUGGUGGCUAUACAUCGAUUACCGGCUGUAUGGGAACGACACGUCCUCCAAGGUGCUGAAGGAUCUGAAGGAGGAACCGAAGGAGGAGCUGAGAGACAGUGGUCAGGCACUGCUCGUAUACGCCGCCUCAGCCACCGUCUUCACCAUCAUCCUCCUGCUGCUGAUGCUCUUCAUGAGGAAACGAGUGGCGCUCACCAUCGCACUGUUCCACGUCGCGGGAAAGGUCUUCAUCCACCUCCCUCUGCUCACCCUACAGCCCUUCGUCACCUUUCUCGCCCUCCUGCUCUUUUGGAUCUACUGGAUCCUGGUGCUGCUCUUCCUGGGAACCACAGGGAACCCGGAGCAGAACGAGGAGACGGGGCUGACAGAGUUCAGGCUGACGGGCUCCCUGCAGUACCUCACCUGGUACCACGCUGUGGGUCUGGUCUGGAUCAGUGAGUUCAUCCUAGCCUGUCAGCAGAUGACUGUGGCCGGCGCCGUGGUCACCUACUAUUUCACAAGGGAUAAAAACCGGCUCCCAGUGACCCCGAUCCUAUCCUCGGUUCUGAGGCUGGUCCGGUACCACCUGGGUACUGUUGCUAAGGGAUCCUUCAUCAUAACACUGGUCAAGAUCCCCCGACUCAUCCUCAUGUACAUCCAUAAUCAGCUGAAAGGACGGGAGAACGUGUGCGCUCGCUGUCUGCUGAAAUCCUGCAUCUGCUGCCUGUGGUGUUUGGAGAAGUGCCUCAACUAUCUCAACCAGAAUGCAUAUGCAGCCACAGCCAUCAACAGCACAAGUUUCUGCACGUCUGCACGUGACGCCUUUGUCAUCCUGGUGGAAAACGCUCUCCGAGUCGCCACAAUCAAUGCGGUCGGAGACUUUGUGCUGUUCUUGGGGAAGGUGCUGAUCAUGACGUGCACUGCAUUCGCGGGCGUCCUGCUACUGAACUAUCAGCGGGACUACGCCGAGUGGCUGCUGCCGCUCAUCAUAGUCUGUCUGUUCUCCUUCCUGGUGGCUCACUGCUUCCUGUCUAUCUUCGAGAUUGUGGUGGAUGUCCUCUUCCUGUGCUUCGCCAUCGACACAAAAUACAACGACGGCACUCCGGGGAAGGAGUUCUUCAUGGAUAAAGCUCUGAUGGAGUUCGUGGAGAGCAGUCGGCGAUUGGAGCGUUCAGGGGGACGUGGGCGGAGCCGGGUGAAAGAGGCGCCUUCGGAGGGGGCGGAGAUGAAGCCCAUGGUGAGUGAAUGCAGUGCUGGAGGGGGCGUGGCCAGGCGGCAAAGCUUGUCAGGGGUGGGGACAGGGCCACAGUGGGCCGAGGGCGGGGAGUGGGAGGAGCUUCAGGAGUUCCAGGUGUACUACCUGCUGGUGGGGGUGCUGGUGGACUGGGUUCUCACAGAGCAGAGCGACUUUGUCCUCUGCCUCAGCGAGGAUGUGGUUCUAUUCCUCUGCGUCUGCCUGCCCACCUCCACCCUCUUCCUGUUUGUCAGCCUGCUGCACACGCCAAGCCCCGCCCCCUUCGCCAAGUCUGCCUCUAAAUCAGCCGCCAUCACCUCCACGUGCUAACACCAGACUAACUGAUGAACUGUUGGCUGGAAGAACACUAAUGCAUGCCCCAUCAUCACCAUCACCAUCAUCAUGCGAGCUGCUUGUUCUUUCCGGAACCAAAAUCAGACUUUAUGUUUCAUUAUAAUUUUUUUUUUGGUUUUUACUUUUGUACUUUUUUAAUGGAGAAUAUUUUUAUAAAGAACUUCCAGCAGCUCUGUGUGCGAGUCUCUGUGUUCACCUUGUUUUUUGUCACCAUGUUGCUUUAAAACCAACCAGGACCCAGCAGAUAGCAGCAGCUAAAAGCUGCAGAAAUCCUUCAGUCAUUCUCUCUAGCAGGAAACAACAAGACCUUUCUCACCUGAUGCUUUGGUCGCCAGAUAAUUGGAGUCCUUUUCUUUGCAUUUGGGCAUCAAACAGUUGGUACUGUUCCAUCCUUUACAAAUAAUCUGGACCAUAGUCUGAGUCAGACUCAGGUAGGAAUUUUGCCUUCAUCAAAGGCAGAGGUUUUCCAUCAUAGUUAAUAGUGCAGUUAUUAUUAUUUCAAGAGAAAAUACCAUGAAAAUUAUAAAAAUGUAUGAAACAUUGUAGAGACAGAGUAUUUGGACACAUGACAGUUUGCAGCACAAUCAUUUAAAAUAUAGAUACUGAUCACUGAUCUCUAUUUAUUCCUGGAUUGCUGAUAGACCGAAAUAAACGGAAGUCACCUGCCGCCAUCUUGGUACUCCCUACUUUCACGGCUUCACAACAUAAAAAUGCCUGUAAUGUAUUUACCAUAGCAAUGUAAUCAAUACAUGUAUACAGUGGUUGAGUUGUUAAAAAAAAGAAGGGGGAUGGUGGAAUUUUUUUUGGAUGCAUACAUUGCCUAAUAAAUAUAGUCUGUUAACCUAAAGCAAUAUGCAUUGUAUGGUUGGUUGUUACAUGUCAGGUACGCCGGUCAUUGACCAUCAUCAAGGCACCUUAAAAUAGAACUGCAGUCAGGUAUUCUUAAUAUCCGACUAAAGUAUUAUUAUGCUCCAUUAACAAUCAAAUUUUUUUUAUAGAUUUGUAUAAUAUGUUAUAUUACAUGUCUUAUAGACUUCAUGGACUUCAUAAUGACUAUGCAAUGUGAUGUGCCUAUUUUUUGCCAUAAAUUGCAGUGGUCUACAGAUACUAUGACACAGCAAGUGUGUUUCACAGUAAUGAAUUUGUCUUUAUUUUAAAAGUCUUAAUUUCCCCCUAAAAAUGAGAACAUUAUCAUUCGUUGCUGUAGCGCAUCUAUUGUUUACAUUCUGACUGGUCUAACUAGGCAGUACCAAUAUGGCGGCUGGUGACUUCACAGCACCGUGUACUGCCAAUGGCCUAUCAGCAAUCCAGUUAAUAAAUCCAGUUAAUAAAUAGAGAUCAGUGGUUCAGAUUAAUUGAACUAAUUGUCUGACAAGAGGACAGAAGACCGAUCAGAAGAGACCCAUACCUGCUGCCAGAACAAUGAACUGAGUACAGUUACUGAAAGGCCUGGUUGAGGUAACAAAGGAUUCCCAAAACAGAUGAACUUUUGUAAGAGAGAGACCCAUAGGUAGUCACCCAGAUAUUACAGCAGAUAAGGAAAACCUACCAGGCAGGAAAAGGAAGGAGACUCCCCUAGAGUCUUCUUAAAGUUUCUACCUUUUUUUUUAAUCUGAGCUGCGGCUCAAAAGCAAAGGUGACCUUUAACCACUUUGAAGCUAGAAGUCUGGAUUAACUGAUGAAGGUAACGACCAUUGCCUUAAAUCUUAAUCCCAACCAGAUUCUGGUCUGCAGAAACUACUUCAAGGUGUUCGAUUUUGUUUUAUUUAAUUACGGCCAGAAGCAUGUUAUCUGCUGGGUCCUCUGAGGAAUCAUUUUGAACUUUCUGAGAAGAGUCAUCAACCCAAUACAAAAAUUAAACGAAACAAACCCUUUGAUGCUUAAAACCUCUGAACAGUAACCAGUGUUUCUAUGACCAGAGUGAUGUUUAAGCAUGUUAAUGUCUCCUAUCAGUUGGACUCUAAGGGGCGUGGCUUACAGAUCGUCUCUGAUUGGCUAAACACUUGUUCAUCUGUUUUAUUCACAAAGUUUGAGUUUCUCUGUUGGUUUGUUUUAGAGCUGAACUCUUGUAGGAAGAUCCAUCCUCUUUAUACAACAACAGAAAAAAAACCUCUGGAUGAUUCAGGAAAUUUUCCAGAUUUAUGAAUCCCAAAAUAUACCAGAAACAUUUUGAUAAUAAGCUCUGCUCUCUAACCAAACUCUGUCCAACUGAUUGUGUAAUUUGCUGGUUGACGACUUUUGUUACAUAUUAGUGUCAUACCGUUGAAUUUAACAAAGUAGUCAAAGGCUUUAAUAAUUAGUGGGUUUAUUAGCCAACUUACACACUGAAAGAUGACCCAUCUAAACAGUUUUAAUGCAGCUGGUUAACCAGUAUGCGUUAACAGGAUUCUUAACAGGAUCAUUAAUAACCUUAACAUGCUGCUCAGCUGUAUUCCUAACAAGCUGGUUAAUGGGAUUGAUAACCAGCUGGUUAACGAGUCAUGUAAUUUGCUGUGCUGAGCAAAGGAUUUUAACCAUUUCCACGUUUACG